AUGGUACUUUUUGAAGAGCUUGAAAUAUUUACUGAAGCAGUUCAAAGGUGGUCGACUAGAUGCUUAGAUGUGCUUCCAAACUACAUGAAACCAAUAUACCAAGGACUUAUAGAUGUUUACAAAGAAAUGGAAGAAAUCAUGGCAAAUGAGGGGAAUGUAUAUCGUGUCAACUAUUCCAAAGAGUUUAUGAAAGAGUUUAUUAAAAGCUACAUGACAGAAGCAAAAUGGGUUAACGAGGGUUACAUACCAACCAUGGAGGAGAACAUGUCAUAUAGAUUCACAAGUUGUGGCUAUAGCAUGCUUACCGCAACAUCUUUUGUUGGCAUAGGGGAUAUUGUCUCUAACGAGUCGUUCAAAUGGGUUCUCACGGAUCCUCCUAUUGUCAAAGCUGCAUGUGUAAUUUUUAGACUAAAAAAUGACAUUGCCUCUCACAAGCAAGAGCAAGAAAGAAAACAUGUCGCAUCUCUUGUUGAAAGUUACAUGAAGCAAUAUGAUGCCACGGAAGAGUAUAUCCACGACUUAUUGUAUAAGCGAGUCGAAGAUGCAUGGAAAGAUAUAUCCCUUGAGGCCCUCAUAUGUAAAGAUGUUCCAAUGCCUCUACUGACGCGUGUAAUCAACUUAGCACGGGUGGUAGAUGUAUUAUACGAAAAUAAAUACCAUUUCACAAAUGUGGGAGAAGAACUGAUAGAAAUUAUCAAAUCUCUAUUUGUUCAUGAUAUGAGUAUGUAA